AUGAUCGAGUCCUCGGGUAAAAGUAAUUCCCCAUCACCACCCCCGAGUUCGAUCAGUCCUAGCAGCCCCGGAAUGAAGCUGCAGGAGGGGACAAAAUUCCCCGUCACAUCCUCGGCGGCUGCUGCAGCCUUAGGUGUUGGACUAUGGGCUGGGUUUGGACCUCCGGGCUCUGGUCCCAUGGGACAUCAUCUCGGACACUUCGGUCUGGGUUUUGGGGGAUUUUUGCCUCCUCCCAUGAUCGGACUGCCGACGUUGAAUUUCAGUGUGGAACAAGUGGCAGCCGUCUGCGAGACUCUAGAGGAAAGUGGAGACAUCGAACGAUUGGGACGUUUCCUCUGGUCCCUCCCUGUGGCUCAUCCCAACGUCGCCGAACUCAACCGGUGCGAACAGGUCCUUAGAGCCCGAGCUAUCGUGGCAUUCCACACCGGAAAUUUCCGAGAACUCUACCACAUCCUCGAAAAUCACAAGUUCACUCGAGAUUCCCACGGAAAACUGCAGGCCAUGUGGCUGGAAGCCCACUAUCAAGAAGCAGAGAGACUCCGCGGAAGACCCCUCGGACCCGUCGACAAGUACCGCGUCCGCAAGAAGUUCCCCAUGCCCAGGACGAUCUGGGACGGAGAGCAGAAGACCCACUGCUUCAAAGAGAGGACCAGAAGUCUCCUGAGGGAAUGGUACCUGCAAGAUCCCUAUCCGAAUCCGACCAAGAAGAAGGAGCUCGCCCAAGCAACAGGACUCACUCCGACACAGGUCGGGAAUUGGUUCAAGAAUCGCCGCCAAAGAGAUCGAGCUGCUGCUGCCAAGAACAGGUUGCAACAACAGCAGUUACAAAGCGGAGGAGGCGGAGGAGGGAAUGGAAGAGAGAGGGGAGAUAGUGGGAAUUUAUCGGCAGGGGAAUCAGACACCAACAACCACCGCCAUGGAUCCGAGGAUUCUUUGACGCCGCAACCCACCAGCCCGGCUUCAUCCAGUUGCCCCAGCGACGUAGACGAGGAUGAUUACUCGAACCCCAACCACGACCAUCGAUCCCCACCGGGUUCCCCCAAGAUCCCUUCCUCCUCCACGAGCCCCAACGCGAAGAUCCUUCACCCUCAACCGAUUCGUGUUUACUCCGAUUCAUAUCAUAUUGCACGCCGAGAUGGGAACAACACUCGGGAUCCCCGGUGGGGCAUUCAACGUAGUGUAACACUCGGGAUGGCUCACCCGCUUUUCAACACUCCAGAUGCAUGA